AUGGAGCGGCAGCCGCAAGACAAGCUGGAAGCUGCUGCAGAAGCAGCGGGCGCAGCAGCGGCAGCAGCAGCAGCAAGUGUCUGGCGCUUCUUUGAGGACGACGCCGCAGCCAAGCAAGAUGCUCUCAGCAGCAGCAGCAACAGCAGCAGCAGCGAGAAUUUAGGCUUCGACAGCCAGGAGACCACUGCAGCAACUGCAGCAGCAGCAGCAGCAAAACUAGAAGCAGCUACGAAGUCACUUGCAGCAGAAGCGCCACACACAGACGCUGCCUCCGCUGCGUCCUCCCUGGAAGCCAUUAACAGGAGGCUCAGCAGCAGCAACGGCGACAGCAGCAACAGCAGCAGCGACAGCAGCACAACAGCAACGAGUAAAGACACAAGCCCCUUGGGGCCGCAGGACGAACAGCGCGAAGCUGCUGAAGCAGCUAGCAACAGCAGCAGCAGCAGCAGCAGCGCAGUAAAAGAGGUAGAAAGCGGUGCCAAAAGCGACGGCAACAGGGCCGACAGCAGCAGCAGCAGCAGCAGCAGCAGCAGCCCUCGCAGCAGCGACAGGAACGGCGACAGUGAAAGCAUCAAUAACAGCAGUAACGCCAGCAGCAGCUUCGCGGACACCAGCAGCACUGCGGGCGGCAGCAGCAGCAGCAGCAGCAGCAGUGACAGGAAAGGUGACCUUUUUUCCGCGUUGGGGAUGAUAAGAAGUGCAGCAAGUCGUGUUCUCUCAGGAGAUUCGCAGCAGAAGCCGCAGCAGGGAGCAGCAGAAUCUGAAAGCCUCCAUGAAGCUGGCGGCGAUGCUGCUGUUGCUGCACCAGCGACGGCUGCUGCUGCAGCUGCUGCUCCUGGUGCUGCUGCUGCGGCUGCUGUCGUUGCUGCAGCAGUCGCAGCAGCCGAAGCGGCUGUGCGCGGAGUACGCGGCGCAGAAGCCAGCAGCACUAGCAGUAACAGCAGCAACAGCAGCAGCAGCAGCACGGCUCACUACCAGACGUCGACCACCCCUAAAGCCGUGCAAGUUGCACACAGGCUGCCACCGCAGCAGCAGCAGCAGCAGGGGAAGGAAAGCGAUCAGACUUCUGUGGACGAAGUAGCCGAAAGUGCUUACGACGCAGCGGGCUUUGCUGGGAAGGCAGCAGCAGCAACUGAUGCAGCUGCAGCAGCAGCAGCAGAGGGAGCAGCAGCGCAAGCAGGCAUUCACAAGUUGGUGGAAACGCGCCUCGGCUACGCCACUGACAUCGGAGGACAGCUACAGCAAACGGCGCAGCAAACGGCAGCAAAGAAACACCCCGAAGAAGGCAAGUCUUAG